CUAUCUUUCACGCAUUGUAGCUACACAGCAAUUACAAUGAGCCUAGCAUCGCCUGCGCUGUUGCCCAAGGCGACAGCGACGCCGCUGCGUAUACUUGCGGCGAAAUCGCCAUCAACCACAACGCCAAAUCGCUACCACGAGCAUCGCCGCGGCCCAGCAGCAAACUGCCAUCGGACAUUCACAACUACAACUCACCAUCGCCCACGAAUACAACAGCCAUGCACAAAAAACACUCGAACAACCCGCGCCUUCCACACUUCCCCGCCUCUCCAGAUCAAGGAUCCUUAUGCUUCCCUCGGUGUUAAUACCUCCGCGACCGCAUCCGAGAUCAAAAAGGCUUACUAUGGCCUUGCGAAAAAGUACCAUCCGGAUACUAACCCGGAUCCCAAAGCUAAAGAGAAAUUCGCUGAAGCGCAAAGCGCGUACGAGCUCCUGAGCGAUAAGUCAAAGAAGGACAUGUACGAUCAAUAUGGUUCAGCGGCAUUCGAUGCGAAUGGAAAUGCGGCUGGAGGAGGUGCGGGUCCAGGAGCUGGAGGGCCUUUCGGCGGAGGAAACCCUUUCGGGGGUGGGAAUCCAUUCGGAGGCUUCGGUGGUGGAGGUGCUGCGGGAGGAUUUGGAGGGGCGGAGUUCAAUUUCGAGGAUUUGUUCUCAGCUUUCGGCGGUAGUGGAGCGAGGAGAGGGAGACCUGGAGGAAGAGGAUUUCAAGAGGAGGUUAUGGUGGGUGAGAAUAUUGAGGUGCAGACGAACAUCUCAUUCAUGGAUGCUGCAAAGGGUGUGCAGAAAGAUAUCACAAUCAACCCGUUGGUCAAGUGUAAGACUUGCACUGGGUCAGGAUUAAAGAAAGGAACUCAAAGGAGUGCUUGUAAGAGCUGUGAUGGUACUGGGACAAGAGUGCAUUUCAUGCAGGGUGGUUUCCAGAUGGCCAGUACGUGUGGCACUUGUGGAGGAACUGGACAACAGGUUCCGCGAGGUAGCGAAUGUGGCACAUGCAGAGGACAUGGAGCGGUAAGAGAGAAGAGGACGGUCACAGUGGAUAUUCCUGGUGGUGUGGAAGACGGCAUGCGGUUGAGAGUACUUGGUGAGGGUGAUCAUCCCGCUACUGGACAAUCCACCAACCCCGACGGAGCUACACAGAAGGGAGAUUUGUACGUCUUCAUUCGUGUGGCACCGGACUCGAAGUUCCAGAGGCACGGCUCAGAUGUGCUGUAUACUGCCAGUAUACCCCUGACGACUGCCGUGCUUGGAGGCGAGAUCACGGUCCCAACAUUAGAUGGCGAUGUCAAGGUCAAGGUCGCAACCGGCACUGGGACGGGCGACAAGAUUACAAUGGGCGGCAUGGGUAUGAAGAAGCUCAACUCGCGACAAGGAGCAAAGGGUGAUCUUCGCGUGGAAUUCAAGGUCAACAUGCCCAAAUACUUGUCGGUAAACCAGCGCACGAUCCUGGAAAUGCUGGCCGAUGAAAUGGGAGACAACAGCGCGAAACGGAUCAUGAAUCUGAACAAGAUGAACACUGACUCGUCAAAGAACACUUCUUCCACAUCCACGACAUCUUCGAAAACUGACAGCCACAAGGACGAAGGAUUCUUGAAGCGCAUCUGGCACGAUAUCUCUGGUCAGCACAACAAUCCCGAGGAGGACGCGAAGGACAAGGAUUCGAAAGAGAAGGAUGAAGAGCCAAAGAAGAAAGCUUCCGGCUCAGGCUCAUGAUGGAUCCUCUUGUACAUGUAUUCUGUGCAACACACUUGUCUAAGAUUAUCGAAUAUUCGAAGGAACUCUGUAAAUUUACGCAUGGCGAGGUGUUCAUUAGACCAUGAGUCACGCGCGAAGGGCAGCAUAGGAGGAAGAGGAGCUUGGAAUGGGGACCUGUACAGUAGUGUUGUCUUUGUCGUUGUCUCAAUCGGACAUCUCGACUCCACUUCAGACAAAUGCUAAUAUUCUGCAUCCAGACCACGAAUCUUGACCCGUCAGAACAGGGAUCAUCCAUCAAUCCACGAUGAAUAAAGUUAAGGUCCGCACUUUGGCAGCACUGUAACCUUUUCUGACGACAGACUGCAACGGCGAAUGUAAUAAUUUAGCACGCAAACGCACACAACUGCGCCUUGACUAAAUCAAAAUCCUAUCUCACUAAAUCAAAAUCUCGCCCCACAUAUUACUCCAAAUUUGUGCUCGGACAAGCGAGGCGAGCUUGCGAGCGAAGUAAGUACUCGGAGCAGCGAGGAACGAGCACAGCGACGACGUACGAUACCCGAGCGCGUAAGGCAUA